ACAGUCAUUUUUUUAAUAGCCAAAAUUAAAAAUGGGGUCAUUUUUGUGCGCAGAGUCGAGGCAGGGUUGCUGGUGAAAUUCGCGAUUUUUUUAAAGAAAAAGCUUUAGCAGUAAUAAACUCAAGACGCAGAAUCGAAUUGACAACGAAUGUAUGCUAAAUGAUACUCCAGAGAUAGCUUUAGCCAAACGGUAAUGUGAAGUAUGGAUUUAGAUUGUAACCAGAUAACUGGAUUUUUUAUAUGGUCUUUUUAUAGACACUAUAAACAUGGAAUGUGAUUUUGACUGAACAAAGGCAUUACAUAUUGAUGAGCAAUUACUCUUUCUGUGCAUAUAUCAUGUAGACACCACAUAUAAUUAUUCGAGAUAAAAUGGCUGCUUCAACAUACCCCCCUCCACCUCCUUUUUAUAGGCUUUACAAGGACUACUUAGAUAAUCCAGAUUCAGCACCAGCACCACCUCCACCAGUCAGUGGUUCUUAUGUGUUAUAUGGAGCUACUUACACUACUGAUGAUAUUCUUCCAAGCUUGGAGGAGCAAGGUGUUCGCCAACUAUAUCCUAAGGGACCCAACAUUGAUUUUAAAAAAGAGUUGAAGGUACUAAAUAGGGAAUUGUUGCUUCAAGUUUUGGAGCUUGCUGAUGUAUUAGUUGAGAGGCCAUCUCAAUAUGCACGUAGAGUGGAGGACAUUGGUUUAAUAUUCAAGAAUAUGUAUCAUCUUCUCAAUUCUUUGCGACCGCAUCAGGCAAGAGCCACUUUGAUUCACAUUUUGCAGUUACAAAUACAACGACGAAAGCAAGCAAUUGAAGAUAUUCGAAGGAGGAGGGAGGAGGCCCGACAAUUGGUUAGGGAAGCGCAUUCCACUCUAGAAGGUCACUUGCCUUGAGGCAAUUAUUUGUGAUUGAACAAAGCCAGACAUUAUGGCUCUCCUUACCCCUAAUGCCCUUUCUAUGGCCUCUGAAAUUAGAUGAGCCAACUGAGAUACUACUUUUGGUGUUAACUUUUCCAACUGGAAAUAUAUUUGGAUAGACUGAUUUACCAAAACUUGUUCAAAUGAUAUUUAAUGAGGUAUAGAAUUAUUCAUCAUAUUUUUCUUUCACUCCAUAGAUUAAACAUUUGAGCAUCCUUAUGGGGCAAAAUACAUAAGAGGCAAUUCCUUGGUC